AUGCUGAAAAUGGAAGGAUUAGCUCUGGGUUUGAUCAGGAGAAGAGCAUGUUUGAGAACCCUACCCCUCUUAUCCUCUUCUCAAACCUUGAGCAGACAAGAAUAUUUACAGAGAAGACAUGCUUCAGCCAAACCCAAACUUAACAACACGAUGAAACCUGCAGAUAUCCGGAGAACCCUUCUCACACCAAACUUCCCGGUCGAGAAGCUCACUGCUCUUCUUGAUCAUGAUAAUCAUCAGAUGAGAUCAGACUUCAGAAAAUUUAUCUCUGAGCCGGUGAUGGUUCCGCGUUACAACAUUUCCUUGGAGGAGGAGAGAGAUUUAGCACUCCGUAGGCUUCAGAGGAUCUGCGAUAACAAGUUUAUCUCCGUCUUGGACUUCUGGAACAACCCUCUCAGAAUAUUUGCAGCUCACGAGCUGACCGCUAUUAUUGACCCGGCGAUGACGACCAAGAUGACUGUUCAGUUUAACCUGUUCGGUGGUACCGUCCUCAAGCUUGGGACGGAUCGGCAUCAUAAGGAUCUGCUGGCUGGGAUUGAUAAUCUCAAUGAUAUUGGUUGCUUUGGAUUAACAGAGCUUGGAUAUGGUAAUAAUGCUGUUGAGAUGGAAACCACGGCUACCUAUGAUCCUGCAACCAAGGAGUUUAUCGUCAACACCCCGAACACAUUAGCGCAGAAAUACUGGAUCACAAAUGGUGCUGUUCACGCCAAGCAUGUCGUUGUCAUGGCUCAACUGAUUGUCAAGGGUAAGAAUGAGGGUAUCCACGCUAUCCUGGUUAGAAUGAGAGAUAACGAGCUUAAAACUAUACCCGGAGUAACUAUCGAGGAUAUGGGAUACAAGAUGGGACUCAAUGGUGUAGACAACGCAAAACUCUCCUUCGACAAUGUCCGUGUGCCUAGGGAAGCGUUGCUGAACCGUUGGUCGGACGUCGCCGAAGACGGAACUUUCACAUCAGAAAUCGGCGGCGGCCGUCAACGAUUUUUAACGGUUGCCGAUCAGCUCCUCUCCGGUAGAAUCUGCAUUGCAAGCAUGUCAUUAGGUGGCGCUAAAGCAAGUAUCUCCAUAGCAGUCCGGUAUGCUGCUACUAGGUUAACAGUAGGUCCUACUGGUAAAUCUGAUACACCCAUUCUAGUUUACCAACUCCAGCAGAGAGCACUCAUGCCCCUUCUCUCCAGGAUCAUAGCUGUUAACAUAGGAUUGGACUACGUGAAAGACAGGUGGGCAUUCCAAGCUGCUGAUGGGUCAGAGCAUAAGGAGGUUGUAACCAUGUGCUGCGCUAUCAAACCUACAGCCUCCUGGUUGCUGGAGGAGACUGUAUCCGUAUGCAGGGAGAGAUGUGGCGGACAGGGAUAUCUAUCAUGUAACAGGUUUGGAACGUUCCUAGGAUUAGCUCACGCUGCAAUGACCGCCGAGGGGGACAACUCCGUCUUGAUGCAAAAGGUUGCAAAGGAGCGCCUAGGAAUUAUCGCUAAAAACCCUCUGAAGGUUGAGAAACCUGGGAGCUCCGACAUCACGGAUACCAAGUAUUUGGUUUAUCUCAUCCAGGCCAGAGAAGAGAAACUUUUUAAUGAACUUGGACAUAAGAUGGCCGCCGCAGGGAAAGCAGGAACUUUUAAUUCUUGGAUGCUUGAGGAGUCCGACCUUAUCCAGCAUGCAGCCAAAUCUUUCGCAGACAGACUUAUCACGGAGAGAUUUGUCGAAACCUUGAAAACUUGUGACUCCGACCUGACUUCAGUUCUGUCCAAGGUUCUAGAUCUCUACCUAACCUCUGUCCUGGAGAAGAACUUGGCCUGGUUUGUUAUCUCCGGACUGCUUCAACCCGAGGAUGUCGGACUUGUGCGUGGAAAUGCUGCAGAACUGUGCGCCGAGCUUGGUCCUCAAGCUCUCUCUCUCUGUGAGAGUUUUGCUAUCACUGAUACCAUGCUUUCUGCUCCAAUCGCUCUGGACUGGGUUGGAUACAACUCCUAUGAUAACCAGGGAGAACUCAUGUCGGAGGAAGAAUGGAACAAGACUGUCAGGAAAGUCUAAGAGGAGUAUAUAGUUCAAAAAUGUAAUCUGAGAUUAUACCUCGUAACUAACUAAAGGUAAACUGUACAGUGCAGAUGUACACAUAUAUAUUUGUAAUCGUGCUAAAACUAUUUUAUUACAAUAAUAUUAAUAAAUUUAAAUAGAUAAUGUGAUAUCUAUAAUAUUUCUAGUGCAUUUCAGAA